AUGUUGUCUGCAACAGUGGAAGGAAAACACACAGACUUCCUGGUUGACACCGGAGCCACACAUUCCACUCUGAACUCUGAUCCUCCUUUUUCUCUGACAUCAAGAACUGUGUCUUUAACAGGGUUCUUAGGGACUGAACAGAGUCUGCUGUUCACGAUGCCUCUGACCUUCAUCUUGGUUAAUCAGAAUAUGAAACAUUCUUUUGUAAGUUCUCCUACGACUCCCAUGAAUUUGCUUGGGCGACACUUGCUGAUAAAGAUGGGAGCAACAAUCAUGUGCUCGGCUGAUGGAAUAAUUGUUGCUUUUCCUGAUGGCACCUCCCUUCUUUGUGGAAAUUUCCAAACAGAAGGACAGUAUCUGAUCCAGCCAGUGGUGUCUGAGUUUGCUGACAUCUAUUGGGAACUUUUAACAAAUUUACCCUACAGCAGCCUAAAGUCAACAUUCGUGGCCUGGAAGCCCUGGCUCCUGUGUCUGCGUUUCUGUGUCCCUCCUCCGGAUCCACCAUGCGUGGCCCUGUUCUGCGACAGAGAUGUCUCUGAAUGGUACCAGGAACCUUUACUUUCCACUUUGGAGGAAACAACCUGGCAGGUAAAAGUCUCGGACAUUUAUGUAGCUCCGGUUGGUGUAGCUGCUGUUGUCCCUUUCGCAGAAAAACAAUCAGAAUGGUAUUCAAUGUCUCACAUUUCUCUCUGUUUGCACCCUGAGCACCAAGUGAAAGAAUUGGGCGUGAUGAUGAAACGUUCCCUCGCAGCCACAGAUUCGAUUGCCACAGCAGCACUAGGUUUGUUUUUCUCCCGCUCUCUUGAAAAAUAUAAGAUCAGUCAUUCUGGAUCUCAUCACAUAAUAAAUCUUAAAGUAAAAUGUACUACAAUUUUCCAUAAAUUCGUGACAUUAGGCAUUCUGAUGAGACUCCUUGCUUUGUAAAAUUAACAAUCUUCAAACAUAUCUCCCAGCAUACCUACAUUUCUUUAUUAAAUGCUUUUCUUUAUAUUGUUUGGUAAGACAUUCCAAUUUAAUCUGUCAUAUUUCCAUUAACUGUGAGCAUAAAAUUAUUAUCAUUACU